CAUGUAACCAUAUCUUGAGAAUGCCGUUGUUAACUUGUUUUGAUGGUUGCUUAGCAAUUGAGAACCUGACAUAGUUGUUUCUAUCGUUAGAUUUGUUUUUUUCAACAUGUUAAAUCCAUUGAUCAAAAGAUAAUUAUGUACAAAAACAUUGAAGGAAAGAAUGAAAAAGGAAUAUCUAGAACGUGAAACCAAGUUACAAUACUUCGGUAGUUGAAAACAUGGUGCAAGUUUAGGCGGUUCCUCUAGUUUGAAACCACUUCUGCCUCCUAUUUUCCAACCGUGCUGAAUUGUAACAGUGAAACUAAAGUUUGACCCACGCUUUAACGGAUAUUUUACAUCGUAAAAAUAAAAAUAAACACAUCAAAUAUUUUUGUUAUGAAUGUUAUAAUAGGAAAACAUGACCAAUUUAAUCCAUUCUGUUUAGGAACUACCCUCCAGUUUAAAUUUUGAUUCAUUCAAACCCAUCUCAUUUAGGUUCAUUUCAUUUACCUUCGUCCAUUUAGAAACCAAUCUCAUACUUUUUAAAUAUGUUAUUAUGUUACUAUAAUAUAACUUGUCUUACCGGAUUUUGAAAGCUAUAGAGUUUGACUACUAUGAUAAAAACUUUAUUAUAUGAAAGGUAUUUUACAAUAUAAAAAUAACCAAAUGUAGCAUGAUCAUAUAUUUAUGUUAUUUUAAUAAAACAAAAACCAUGUUAUUCUAAUUAAAUAUGCAAAUUCGAUAUAAAAACUUUAAACAUCAUUAAAUAUUAAUAUAGUUAGAUAUGAAAACUAAAAUAUUAAGAGACCAUAAGGUUCCUGUGUAAAUCUCCAAACAAUAUAUAGAGAUAUUAUAAAAUUUGUUAGAUAUUUGAAAUAUAUUUGUUUGUUGACUAAAUUAUUAUUUAACGGAAACUAUAAUUUUGUACCUAAUUUAUAUAUAUUUAAGUUUUUCAUAUUAUGUUUAAUUAGAUUUACAUAAAUUAAUUAUUGUAGUUAUGUUUAUUAAUUGUGCUAUUUUGGGAGUUUAAAGAAAAUUAUAACCGUGUCAUGCAUAUUAUUAUUAUUAUUAUUUGUUUUGUUCAAAUAAUCAAAGUUUAGAUGAAAAAUAAUUUAUUUGAAGUACUAUCACCAAUUAUUACAAAUUUUUAAGUUGAACCAACGAUUUGUGAACAGUUGUAAUGUUUCAUUUAAUGUGUUGGUGUUUUUAUAAAUGUUUAUGUUAAUGUGUUUCAUGUUUAUUUGGUUUAUGUGUGUUAAUUGUUAAAUAGAACGUUAGCUAUUUAGUGCAAUUAAAACUCGAACAUUCCAUACUCUUUGGUAAAUCUUAUAGUAAAAGAUGCCAGUGUCAAACGAUUCCUUGUUGAGAUUAGCUGAUGGUCCAAGCUAGCAAGCUUCACGAAGGAGAAGUUGGAUCUCUUUGAUUAACACAUGAACCGGUUUGAAGGCAUCCGAAUGCAAUCUUACGUUCCUUUCAUUUGUUUAAUCUGUGCUUACGAUUUACUAACAUAAUUCUCUUAAAUUGACUAUUUUAUAGAUCUGUAGAAAAUUCGAAAACGAAUUACAAGUGGAUGAACACAAAGAUGUAACUGAGCAUAAAGAUGAAAUUUGGGCAUCAAAUAUGGGGAUUAGACGUUAAAGAAGGGAUUUGAUGUCACAUGUUAUUGAUGAAUGCUUUUCCUCAUUUGGCUCGUCUUCUAGUAAGAGCCAUUGUAACUAGAAUACAAUUUGUUGUAUCAGAUAUAUCAGAACUAUAAUGUCAAGAAAUUACUCAAAACAAAUAAAUAAUAAUAAUAAUAUCAAGACAAAUUGUGAACAAAGAACGAAAACAUAUUUUUAAAGUAAUUUACAAUUAUUCACAUUGGCGCUAUUUUCAGAAUUGCACCUUCAAUUAAAUUAUGCUAAAACAAAUAGUUAGAUAAGAACACAAGAUUUUGUAUCUAUCUUUGAAAAUCCAUUAAUUAUUAGUUCAAGCAAGUAAGAAUAAAUUAGAAAGAAAUCUAGAAGUCAUUAACUAAAUAGUUUAAGAAAGUUUGACUAAUAAUUUCUUUUGGCAAGAAUAAAUAAGGUCAACAAGAAAAUGAUAUAUUGGUCAAAAAACAUAAAGCAUCCCACCAAUCAGAACACAAGUCCGCAUUUCUAAAGCUAACCGACCCUUUUUGUUGAUGAAUACAAAUAUUCUCUUUCCUUUUUUGUUCUCUCCUUAUGGAAACAUAAUCUCUGCCAACCUCUCUUAAACCCUUAUAUAAAGCACCUCUCUUCUCUUGCCUUCUCCUCACAAAUCUCUCAAAUUUCUUUAACCUAAUCACAACUAAAAGCCUCCUCCUUUUCUCUAGACUCUCCUUGGUUCCAUCUCUAGGACGUGUACAGAUAUGGCUGCCGAGGGAUGUGUUUAUGAUGCUCACCAAGUCUCUGAGGCUUUUGUGAAAAAAUACUAUCAUUUUGUGGUGACAGCGACUCAUGCAGCUCAUCAGUUUUAUGGCGUUGAUAGCCUUGUCACCAGACCAGGACCUGAUGGUACUAUGAUGUCUUUUUCAUCCGUCGAGGCUAUCAAGAAGCACUACCGUUCCUCUUACUAUGAUGGUGCCACAUUCGAUGUGGUCAGUGUUGAUACUCAGAGUUCGUCGGGAGGUGGAAUACUCAUCAUGGUUAUUGGUUUCUUGACUGGUAAAGAUAACCUCAAGAGGAAGUUUUCCCAAGCGUUCUAUCUUGCACGUCAGAAUCGUAACUAUGUUGUCUCCAAUGACGUUCAUCGUUUUGUUGAUGAAGAGGGUAUGUUUGCCAAGUCUUGUCCACAAGUUACAAAGCCAGUUGAAAAGAUAAAAAAGACUGGGCAGGUCCACAAAGCCACCAAGAAGAAGUCUGUUAAUGCUGCUGAGGUUAAGAAGGUGGUUGCUCCUGAAAAAGCUGUUGUAACUGCUCCAAAACCGAAAGAGCCAGUUGCUGAAACAUCAGCUGCUCCUCCUCUUGUUGGAGCCAAGAUAUCUUAUGCUUCCAUAGUUCUAUCCAUGUUGAGAAACGCUGCUCCUGUCGAAGUUAAAGCAGCCCCCGUUCAGAAACCUAGUACCGUGGCACAACCCAAACCCCAUGUAGCUCCAGCACCUGAAAAGAAGAGUGACCAGAAGAUGGUUGAUGAACCAGGGACUUCCAUAUUUGUGUCGAAUCUGCCAAUGGAUGCAAGGCCUCUUCAAGUCUAUGAACUGUUCAAACGUUUUGGCGCUCUCGAAGGAAAAGGAGUUCAAAUCAGAAGCUCCAGGGCUAGUGGAAGUUGCUUUGCCUUUGUUGCCUUUGAAUCUGUUGCAUCCGUACAGAGUGUACUUAAGGCUGCCAAGAGCAAUCAGUUCAAGCUUGGGGAGCAUAAGCUUCGUGUAAAGGAAAAGCAAGUUGAGUAUAAUAGUAGCAAUCCGUCUGAUUGGAGAAGUGAAUGUGGAAGCAUGAGUCAGAGUGGUUCUGUUGAUGGAAGCAAGACUGAGAAUGUAUAUGUAGGAGGCGAAGAAGAUGAUGGCUUCACGCUGGUCAGAAGCCGUAGGAACAGAAGUGGGAAGAGGAGACAAGAAUAGCCAAAUAAUCAGUACAAAAACAGUUACAGUUUCUUAGAAAAGUUGAUUGUUUGAAAAGAUAAGGGAAGAGCUUGCAACUUGAAAA